AUGGCGUCUGCUUCCACCUUGCCGACCCUUUUGCGGUCAUUGCGGGCGGCCCAAGGGUGCUCCCGCGCCCACAAGCUCUGCCAGAUCAGACCAUAUAGCCAGCUACUAUCACAGACAGCAGAGACGACGAGACACUCGCUGCGGCCGCUGAGCAGACAUGUCCAUCCAGGCGGAUCCAAUGCCUUCUCUACCUCCACGGUGCGGCCGGCCAAGACGAUUGAACAGCUCAAGGCGCGCUCGUCUACGGGACCGUUCUCAUGGAAGUCGGCGCUGCUGUUCGUGCUCACCGGAGCAGGCAUGAUUGUAUAUUUCCAGUAUGAAAAGGCACGGCUGGAACGGGAGAGAAUCGUGGAGAUGAGUAAGGGUGUCGGAAAGCCUCGAGUAGGCGGACCGUUUGUGCUCAAAGACCUCAACGGAGACACCUUUACGGAGGAGAAUCUCAAGGGCAAAUACAGCUUUGUCUACUUUGGCUUCACACACUGCCCGGAUAUCUGUCCCGACGAGCUGGACAAGAUGGCCGAGAUCAUCGACGAGGUGCGAGCCAGGUCGAACGGACAAGAAGUGAUGCGGCCGGUCUUUAUCACUUGUGACCCAGCCCGAGACACCCCAGAGGUGCUGAGAGCGUACCUGAAGGAGUUCCACAAGGACAUCAUCGGCCUUACUGGCACUUACGAGCAGGUCAGGGACGUCUGCCGCCAGUACCGGGUCUACUUUAGCACUCCUCAGAACAUAAAGCCCGGCGAGGACUACCUGGUCGACCACAGCAUAUACUUCUACUUAAUGGAUCCUGAAGGUGACUUUGUAGAGUGUAUUGGACGGCAGGACACUCCCCAGACGGCAUCAAAGGUCAUCCUCGACCAUAUCGGAGACUGGAAGAGGGCUGGCAAGCCGCUCGAUGUGGCGCCCAGUAAGUAG